GUGCCGCCGCCCCGGCCUUUGUACUACCGCUGGCGGGGCCCUCACUUCCGUCUGCGGCGCGAGGGCCGCCGGGAGCCCCCGAAGGAACGUCCAAUGGCUGCGGCUCUGGAGAGGCGCGGGGGUGGUCGGGAUUCCGGAAGGCGUGCCCCAUGGCUGUGGUUCCGGCCGUGCCUCCAGGGCUGUCCAAUGGCUGUGGCCCAGGGCGCCCCGGGGGCAGCCGGGAACCCGGAAGGCCGCCUGUGGGCUGCGGUCGCGGCGGCGGCGCAGGGGCAGCCGGGAACCCGGAAGGCCGCCGAUGGCUGUGGUUCUGCGCUGCAGGGCAAUUCCGGCCUGCUCCCGGCGAGCGCUGCGAAGAGCGUUUUCACCGCGGGCAGCAUCCUCCGUGCAGGACAUGGACAGGACUUCCCUGCUGGUACACCGGAGCCCCGUACUUCGCAGCGAUCUCGGCUCUCAAAGUGGGCGCAGAUCUGUCUCACGUGUUCUGUACCAGGGAGGCCGCGCCCGUCAUCAAGUCCUACAGCCCGGAGCUCAUCGUGCACCCAGUCCUUGACAGCCCGGCUGCGGUGCAGGAGGUGCAGAAGUGGUUACCCCGGCUGCACGCCCUCGUCGUGGGACCCGGCCUGGGCCGAGACGAGCAGCUGCUGGGGAGCGUCCAGGGCAUUCUGGAAGCGUCCAAGGCCACGGGCAUCCCCAUUGUCAUCGACGCGGAUGGGCUGUGGCUGGUGGCGCAGCAGCCAACCCUCGUCCAGGGCUACCACAAGGCCAUUCUCACUCCCAACCACGUGGAGUUCGGCAGGCUCUAUGAAGCAGUGUUCGGAGGCCCCGUGGACAGUGAGGACCAGGGCGACACUGUGCUGAAGCUCAGCCAGGCCCUGGGCAACGUGACCGUGGUCCAGAAGGGAGCGCGCGACGUCAUCUCCGACGGGCAGCAGGUGCUCGUGUGCAGCCGGGAAGGCAGCGGCCGCAGGUGUGGCGGGCAAGGAGACCUGCUGUCGGGCUCCCUGGGCGUCCUGGCGCACUGGGCCCUCCUCGCUGGCCCGGAGAGAACACACGGCCCCAGCCCGCUCCUGCUGGCCGCCUUUGGCGCCUGCUCCCUCACCAGGCAGUGCAACCAGCAGGCCUUCCGGAAGCACGGCCGCUCCACCACCACCACCGACAUGAUCGCCGAGAUCGGAGCCGCCUUCAGGGAGCUCUUCGAGACCUGAGCCGCCGUGACGGGCGUGCAGGCUGUCUGCGAGGGCUGUAGUCGGGCGGAUGUGCAACAGGGAGCGUGGCGUGCGAUGACACUAAGGUCUUCCUGAACUCUGCUUAGCUUCCCGGUGUCACCAAACAGACGUGAAGGCUGCACCGUUCCCUCCCCAGCCGCGUCAGCGCUCCGUCGUGGUCCUCGUCCUCCCCAGCAGGCCCGCCGAAGGCUGUGGCACCCACCCGUUGUGCGUAGUGACUGGGUGCUGAUGGUUGUGGUUAACUUCCUGUUUCCGAAUAAAUCAGCUAAGAAAUCA